GGUGUAGCAAGAUGGCGGGCGGGAAGUUGCGAGCCGUCGUCGUGUCCGUGUCGGCGCUGCAGCAGCAGCAGGAGGCGUCCGUGGCCCUGCUGGCGCUGGCCGUGUGAUGGUGCCCGAGGCUCGGGAGGGCGGCUCCCCUUGUCUAGCAUGACCACCACUCGCGGCGGCGUGAAAUUAAAGUUUCAGAAGGGGGAACGCGUGCUGUGCUUCGAGCCCGACCCGACCAAAGCGCGAGUUCUCUACGACGCCAAGGUGGUGGAUGUAGAUGUUGGGAAGGAUGACAAAGGGAGGAAGAUUCCUGAAUAUCUCAUCCAUUUCAACGGUUGGAAUCGAAGCUGGGAUCGAUGGGCAAAAGAGGAUCACGUGCUGAGAGAUACUGAAGAAAACCGACGUCUACAACGUAACCUCGCCAAGAGAGCAGUGGCCAAGAUGAGAAAGAAGGGGAAAAAGAGACGCUGCCACGUCCCUGGUGUUGAUUCUGUGCUCAAAAAUGUGGCAACUGAUGCUGAAUUUCAAGAAGAAGAGGAAGCCUCAUUCAGCAGCAGCUCGGACGUGGAAGAGGAUGCAAGCGAGGAGGAGGAGGACAGCAGUGACGAGGAUGAGAAUGUUUUGGAUAUGAAUGCAGUGGGUAAUGAGGAAGACAAAAACAGGGAGGAAUCCAAAACGAAAUCAAUUGUCGUCGAGAUUCCGGAGUCGCUGAAGAAGCAGCUGGAAGAGGACUGCUUUCUCAUCAACAAGCGUAAGAAGUUGGUAAAGCUGCCGUGUUUGCCGAACGUCAUCUCCAUCCUGGAGAACUACGUCAAGCACUUCGCCAUCAACGUGGCCUUCACGGGGAACGAGCGCCCACGGCACCCGGCGCAGCCAAGCCCCCUCACGCCCGCCUAUGUGCAGCGCUGCACCCCGCCCGAGAAGAAUGUGGAGCUGUGCAAGGAGAUGGUUGAUGGGCUGAGGAUCACGUUUGAUUUUGCUCUGCCUGUGGUGCUGCUGUACGGAGUGGAGCAUGCACAAUUCAAGAAAAUCUCCUCGUCCAAAUUCUUCUCCGCGGCUAACCAACAUAAACGGGAUGACUCCUCAACAGCCAGACCGAAGGAAGAGGGGCAGCACUCGCCCCCCUUGCCAACGCAGCCUUCCCAGGAUUGUUCGACUCCAGGAGGGGGUGGUGGCGUACGCGUCAAGAUGGAGCCAGACUCGACGCCGUCGCUGCGGCGUUCCACGCGGCGUGCGCCCACCGGGGGGGAGCGCACACCGGAGGGGGGCAGUAGCCCCCAGGCCAAGCGCCGUCUCAUGGACUCGGCCCACAUGCCUCGCCUACUGCAGCAGCUGGACAAGAAGCUGACACCAGGUGCAGCAGGAGGCGUCCCCUUACCUGGGGUGAUCCACAAAGAGGGCCUGGUGCUUGAGGGCCGCAAGGGAGCAGAACUCAAUGAGAAAAUACCCAGCAGCUGUGGGAAUGAAACCGGCGACUCCACGCAAGCUGGCUCAGUUGCGAGCACGCUGACCACUAGGCUUUCCAGCCGACUAAGUGUGCUCAACUGGAGGCUUUUGCCAGAAGAUCACCCGCGCUAUGACCAUCCGCCACCCCCAUCAUGCAUUUAUGGCUCCCAGCAUCUGCUACGCAUGUUUGUGAAGCUUCCGGAGCUGUUGGUGAAGAUGAAUCUACCAGAGAAGAAUCUCAAGGCCCUUUUAAAACAUCUUGAGCUCUUCCUCAGGUUUUUGGCAGAUUACCAAGAGGACUUUUUUCCAGAAUCGGCUUAUGUUGCAGCCUCAGAGGCUUACUACAGCAGCAAGCAUGCCGCCACUAUCUUCUGACGCUCCAUCCGAGGCAAACACGAGCCCGCUUGCCUUGUGUUGCCUUCUACCGUCAGCAGCCUCUUUUGACAACUCCCAGUGCCACCUUAACGCCUGAAAUGCCCUCCGCCAUUUCUUAUCGGUGUGCUCCUCAAGCACCUCUUGACAUGACUCAGCAUCGCCGCCAACAUCCGGUGGAUACAGUUGUGAACUCACCACUUUGACCUCCCCCACUGGAUGCCCCUCAAAGCUACUGAUGGCACCUUUCAACUCCCGUCUGUUGCUUCUCCCAAUACCUGUGGAAGUAUUGCAGCAGGAGUGGCCUUGUUAAGGGGGACAUCGGAGGUGCAGGAAGCUUGAAUGGGUGACAAUUAUACCUCUUUGUACAUACUCGACAAAUGAGCCAGAGCUGCGGUGGCAAAAGGCACCGGCCAACAGCGUUAUCAAAACAUGCGCUCCGUACACCCACCUUUACACAGGUUUGUAAUGUCAUCUCGUUUCUGAUGAUGUGCAGUUGGAAUGCUGCCCUUGGUACAUUUUGCAUGUUCUGACCACUGAGCAGGAAGUGACAUUCCACAAUUGCCUUCCUCGCCCUUGGAAGAGGGGUUCUACAGAAUCAGCAAAGUGUUUGUGCUCUUUUUCAUAACAAUGGACUUCAAACCUUCACUUCACGCUUGUGUGUCUUUACCACAUUGCAAGUGUACCGACAGAUUGACAUGGUUACAGAAUCCAUUUAAAUCUAGAGUUAAUGGUGCAAUGUCAUUGUUGCUUGAAAAGGGUGUUUAUUUUAUAAUAGCACGUGUGAUUCUGUGGAUGAAUAAUGAAAAAAAAAUGCACAAGGCUAUGAAAAACAGAAUUGUCGAUCUGGAUGACCUCAACGUUAUUACGCUAUUGGCUCCAUAUCUCACAAUCCACCUGUAAAUGAGUGAACAUAAUCGCAAUAUUAGUGUUAAGCUGACAUGGUUAUCGAUUAACAAUCGCAACUCGAGCAUGUGAAUUGACCAAUGCUGUGAAAAAUGGUCUGAAAUGUAGCCCAUCUGUAACCUUGGCACCUUGCAUCCCUUUUGUCUGCAAUUCCAGCAACAUUUAUUUUGGGGUUUCCCCCCCCCCCCCCAAACACUCAUCUGUGGUUAAAUGUGUUGGAAAAAAUGCAUCAAUGUAACAUUCUUCUUUACUGCUGUGUUUCAUUGAGCCUGGCGACUUCGAUUUUCUUAACCUUUGUUUGAAAGGCAAGUUCGAGUACAUUACCGGCAAAAAUACUUUUGAACAAUACAGCCCCCUUGGAAUACUUAACAUGCAGCAACACCUGGCAAUGAUGAUCGGGAACGGUGAACGCCAUAACAAAUAGUAUGCUGAGGUUUUGAAAUGGCAUCAGGACCAAGAUAUUGUUUUAUAUAUUUAAAUAUUUGUUGUGCUUUGAUUAGGUGCCAUACUUUUACGAGCAAAAACUACAAUGUAUUCGCCACCACUUUGUCCUUUCAAGUUAAUGUGUUCGCUUUUUUAAACGUUAGUUUGUAAACCAAUAUGCGAAAGAGCCCUGUAUGUUCUUGCCAUCACGGCUGGACAAUCGAAUCAUCAAUAUAACAUUUAAAAUAAAUGUGUUUUUGUGGCCACUGAUGCAGAUAUAUUUAAGUGUUAAAGAUACAUUUUGUGCUUAAGUAUUUGCCCUUAAAUCCUAGUUUAACCAAAUUUGGCAUAAAGUUUAUUUCCUGAAAUUACCAACUGCAGGUCUAUAAAGUUCCUGAAUAUUUGUCCCUUCAUCAGGGACACUAGCUCACAGGGAGCGAAAAUAUAAUCUUGUGCACCAACAGGUUAUCCCAUGAGUCACAGCACCACACUAGAUGAAAAUGUAAAUAACUGAGCACAAAAGCAAGAGCAUAAUCUACCUGGUACUGUAAUUAUCACCUGCACAAGUUUCAGCAGAGCUCUAGGUCAAUGUUAUUGACAUAUGCAAGCUUUUUGUUAUGUGUGCUUAUGCACCACUGCCAAUGCAAUAUCAGAAAAAAACAUUGCUCUACGGUGUGGGUUGAUGCGAUGUUAUUCGGUUAUGGCGUCCUUAUGUCAUAUCAGACGGAUGUUUAUUCAUCGCUACCAAUUAAGAUCUGCUGCCAUAUUGCAGACUGCCUGUUUUUCCCCCAAAUUGCUUCGCAAUAGCAAGUGGAGACUCAGCCACACUUCCUCUAGUUUGUCAUUACUGCAUCCCAGAAGUUAUCGUCCACUCACGCAACACAACCACUGUGAUGCAUGAAUCAUCAAAAUAUGCCCCACACUCCCAACACUUGUAUGUGGUGAGAUAAAAAAAGAGUUAUUCGAAUCAGGAAACAUUUUAAUGUAACGUCCAUAAUUAAAUUUGAACACUUAAAUAAAAUGUAGACAUGUUUAUUUGUACAGGAUAUCUUUGAUUUGCAUUAGGAUGGAAAUGCAACGAGCCAUCAGUGUUUACUGAAUGAUGUGCACACAAGUCAAGGCAAACCACUGCGGACAUCUGUAAAGGCUUAGUCUGCAAUUCAGUGGCUAAGGUUAGACAGCUGUUUUGGUGAUUCUUGCAACUGUGAUGUAAACAAUGUGAGUGAAGGUAAAUAAAAAAAAAUGUAAAGUCCCA